UCUUUGCAGUAGCGCAGGCUGACCGAUUCCUGUGUAACCGAGUCCUUUUGAAAAGUUUCGGACUGGUUCGGCGCUCCGUUCACUUGAGUGAAGGACAGAGAUGCAUGAUUUCUUCCCCCCUUGCAAAUUUGGCGGCCAUUCCUCCACUGCCCACUAAAUUUAGCGACUGGAGUUCCGGAGCCCGGAUUCCGUCCGCAUAAGAGUAAGGGUGGAAGGGAGUCUGCUCUGGUGGGAAGAAGGGAAGGAUGUCUGCUGUCAUGGGAGCGUUGAAGAACGUUGGGUUCUGCUCGGAGAUAGAGAAAGAUAAGGUGUUGGAGGAGAACGGUGGGAUUGCUGGUCCUUCUGGCGAUGUCCGUGCCAAUGGGGGUGGUGGAGAUGAGGUUGAGAAGUUGAGCAGGAAGUCCAGCCACGCUUCCAUUUGCUCUACUGACGAUGGGGACGAUGGCGAGGAUGAUGAGGAUGGUGAUGAUGAUGGCGUUGAUGAGUCCACUAAGUCCAAGGAUGAAACGGCUAUUGCCCUUGGUCCUCAGUGCACCCUCAAGGAGCAAAUUGAGAAAGACAAGGAAGAUGAGAGCCUGAGAAGAUGGAAAGAACAAUUGCUUGGAAGUGUGGAUUUGACAGCAGUUGGAGAGGCACUUGAACCAGAGGUUAAGAUAAUGAGCCUUGCAAUCUCGUCCCCUGGUCGGCCUGAUCUGCAUCUGCCCAUUCCUUUUGUACCGAAUGCAAAGGGCUACGCUUUCGCGCUAAAAGAUGGAAGCACUUAUCGUCUCAAAUUCACCUUCCAGGUUUCCAAGAACAUUGUUUCUGGACUCAAAUAUACUAACACCGUGUGGAAGACUGGCAUAAGAGUUGACAGUACAAGAGUGAUGCUGGGAACCUUCAGUCCACAACAAGAGCCGUACACCUAUGAACUGGAGGAAGAAACCACACCUUCUGGGAUCUUUGCAAGGGGCUCCUAUUCAGCAAGAACAAAGUUUGUGGAUGACGAUGGCAAGGUCUACUUGGAUAUCAAUUACAGCUUUGAGAUCAGAAAAGAAUGGCCGUAGCCUCAGUCUCCUCAUCUUGGCAACUAGUACUCAAGUUCCAGUCUUUAUCUGAGGAUUCAUCACCUUGCAGUUAGUGAUGUAUGUAGAUUAAGUCCCUCUAUGUCGUAGCCAUUCUCAUAGGACAUUUUCCACUGUAAUUUUCAGUUGUUGUAGCCGUUACUUCCAUGAUUCCGGAGUCGGGAACUUCAUUAUUCAAUCAAGGUGUUCCCAACGGUUUCCAUGGCUGGUUUUUUGGCCUGGAAACUAUUUCAGCCACCACCAUUGAUACUGAUGGAUGGUUUCACAGCCUGUACAUUGGGGGAGCUAUCCUAAAGACAAAAUGGUAGAACAGGAAGAUGUGUGGAACAUGAUGUACCCUAAAUUUGAGUAAUCUGCUUGGCUGUUUCUAAUUCAA